AUGGAACCCACGAGCGUGUCGAACGAAAUGCUGACGCUGUAUGACGCACAACGUCGUACCCAUGAGAUGAUAUUAGCGACACAAUCACAAAUAGAGGAAGAAGAGGCCGUGUACUUGGAAGAGACUCCACAUGGGAAUAUCAUUCGAGGAUGGGAUGGCUUUAUUGAUUCAAAACAACCACGAAAAGAUGCGAAUCCAAAGAAAAUCAAGCCAUAUACUGAGUCGGAACAUUUAUUUUCAAGCUGCUGUUUGUAUAAAAGCAUGGCAAGUGAACCAAGUUUUGAUCAAGUGGAUUUAUAUGGCGUGAAUACUAGAGAUGAGAAUCAGACUACUCGACGUAAACUUACAGUCACAUUAUCAGUGGGAAAAGGAGCAGGCACAGCAGCAGGGAGUAUUAGUGGAGUGGUAGAUAGUGUCAUUCCACAAGGGGCUAUUUUACAAGGAGCUAUUCCAUCACAUGGAGCUAUUGCAUCACAUGGAGCUAUUCCACAUGGAUCGAUGGUAAAUUUAAUGCCAAAGGCGAUUGCUAAAAGUAUCACUCCAGUCACGACGGGAAAAGUAGUAGCAGGUUUGAGUUAUCAACAGAGCAAAGCUUCAAAGCUUAAAAAGAGAAAGAGAGAAGCUGAGGUCGUUGCAAGUGCUACUGCAAAGCUGGGACAAGAGACUGUGUCAACAAACAUGAUGACAACUGGAACUCUCGUGACAAGUGGAACUGGAACUGGAACGGCACAGCCACCUGCGAGUGAUUUUCUUGAUGUGCUGUAA